AUGCCCUAUUGCAGCUGUGGAAAAAGAUCAGAUUCCAUUUAUUGUCCUCUUUGUGAGUCAACCAUCUCCACCACCAAGUGCCCAGAGUGUACCAUUCAAGCCCAUAUCAAAGAGGACCACCCCACCUGUACAGUUAGUAAUCUUUUAAAUGCUAUCAAGGCCAGGGCAGACAACUCUGUGAACCAGCAGGAAGUCAUUACGGAGAGAAUCAGACAAAUGAAGGAGGUAAUAAGUGCAGGCCAGGAUUACAUACGAGAUAUGUACCAGGCUAUAGAAAGUAAGUUUCAGGCCCUCAAGCUUCAGUGGUUUGGCCGUAAGAACGAAUCUGUUAAGAAGUCUAUUAGUUCUCUCUACAAUAUCCUUGAAGAGCGCGUUGUAUUCGGGCUCAUGGCAACCAAUAUAGUAAAGGACUUCAAUAAAGCCUUUCAGCUUACGCUUUCUAUACUUCCUGUGUGGUCAUACCGAGACCUAUUGUUCAAAUUAUCUCACUCUGGAAGCGGGUGUAUUAUCAGAAACGUUAAUGCUGAGGCCUAUGCCUGGAAGAAGCAAAAUAAGAAGGUAUCUAGGAAGGAUCAAAAGCUGCUAAGACUUAUCAACCCUACCCCCCAAGAGUACAGUAUCGGCAUGUGGCCUCUUGAAACUAUAUUGAGCUCCACGCUUACUACUACUACCGCAUCUCCUCCUUCUGCAUUAUUGGUAGAUAAAAGCUCUCCAUCACCUCUUCAAACAAAAAGCAUUGUUAGACCAGAGUCUCUAGCAAAAAUCAUUCGCCCUUCAAGGAGGCGCCGGAGCAUUAAAUCAAGACAGGGAUCUGAAUUGUCUAGAACAAAAUGCUUUAUAGACUCGCCAGACUUAAGCACCAACAUCGAUUUGGAGUCGUCUGUACAGAUGUGCAUUACUGAACUGGAACUCAGCACGACGUCUAUACACCAGCAUGCGGUGCUCACGAAUAACAUCUUGGGUAGGAAUGCAAGUGUAUCAAAAUUCGGCGCUAACGUUAAUACUGAGCUUCAAGAGUGCACACUAUCCAAGGGUAGGCCCCCGCCGCGCAAAUGUAUAGGCUAUUUCAUGAGCUACCCUGACAUCGUUAUGAGUGAUACAACCUCCCUGUUCGGGUCAUUCUUGAGCGAAGAAGAAUCAAGAAUAUACAUAAAAGAUGACCCAAUUUAUCAGCUUUGCGCAAAAGAGAUCUCCUGGAUGUAUCAAGCAAUUGCCACGAUUAUUGCCAACAUUACCUCAGGAAUAGCAGCAACGAUGUCAGACCUAGUUGUGCUGGGGUCCGUUCACGCUGGGCAACUUUCAAUCCUUAAGAAUGUUAGAGCGCACACACUGGUUGCUGACUGUCCUUCCCUCAUAGAACGCUGUUAUGUGGAAAAUGGCGCAGAGAUCACUGGAAGCAUGAACCUAUUUAUAGCGGAUGCUGUAUUUGGAGAUGACAGUUCAUUUAACGGUGUCGAUCAUAAUAUUUCUGUCAUACGCUUUUCAAUCUUUGAGGGCCAAAGGACCAGUCUUCAAAGUGUGAAGCUAGUGGCUAACUGUGUGUUCACCGGUCCAGUGGUCGUGUCUGGGAACGGUGUAUAUGUUUCCUGCCACUUUUCUCACUUAACGCUCGGUGACGACUUUGUCGGUCAGUUUAUCGGUUGUCAUGUAAUGUCGCUUACUAUCGAUCCAUCGUUUAACCUAUCCCCCCUGAUGUUCCACAAGUCAAUUGGCCCAGGACUUCUCGGUUUAUCUUUUAGGCAGGACAAAGAUUCCACCUUGAUUUCAAAGAAAAGUUCGAGUAGUUACAUCCUCCCUGAGGAAAUUGAUAUCAAUAUCCUUCUAAACUCCAGGCAAACCGCAUACACACGUCUAAUCGAAACGAAUCCUGCUACAGAACGCAUGGACAGUGUUCUCGACCGCAUUUUGGCUCGAGAAUACUCAAAUUCUGCUGUGCAUGUAGAUAAGCAGCUCGCCAAAGCAAAUCUAGCAUCAAUCCCCGUCGACAUUAACCUGAGCGGAAUAUCUAGCAAUUCUAAGGACGAGACCCCUGCCGAUAAUUUGCUCGACUUGAGUACAUAG